CCAGUUCACCGCUUCAUCAUGAAGAACUUGUUUUUCAUUGCUCUCACAGCCGUCAUUGUUCAUGCUACUGCAACCAUUCGGAGUGACCGUAUCGACUCAUUCCAAGCUAGUGAUCCAUCGGAUGGGCUUGCUCAUCGCAGGGGGGUGGCUAAUUGCGCUGAUUGUGAUUCAGGCCCUGCUACGCCAUACUGUUUAAAGUGUCUCGACACCCUUUUUGGAGGGUGUAUCAAUACUCAUGGGCAGACUUGUGACUAUGCUGGUGCUCUGACCAGUGACAAAUCCUGUGGAACGGGUUCUUGGGGUUGCGUUGAUAAAUGCUGUCCCAAAAAGUGCAACUAGUUUUAUAGUCCUUCCUAUAUGUAUUCUGCCAAUGUAUCCUUUGGAUGGUC